AUGGACCACCAUAAGCAUGGAGAUAUGGACAUGGGCGAGUGCAGCAUGAAUAUGCUGUUCACCUUCUCGACCAAAAACCUGUGCAUCGUCUUUCCCCAGUGGAGAGUCACCGGGCUGUUUUCGCUGCUGCUCUCGCUGGCGGCCGUCGUCCUGCUGGUCGCCGGCUACGAGGCCCUGCGAGACUUUACCCGGCAGUACGAGCUGGCGACGCUGGGUCAAAGGGACCUGCCAUCCAACGCCGGCUGUACGCAGCCAGUGCCAAUGCCAGUGCCAGUGCCAGCGGCAGCGUCAGCGUCAACGAUACCACACAGGCUCUACGGUACAGCUGUAGGAGACGAAAAUAGCUCACUGCUCUGCUCAGACCGGACAGGUAGAGGAUCCGUCGCGGAGCGGAAAGCGAAAGUCACCCGUGCAGGCCUGUAUGCGGCUCAGGUCUUUUACAGCUUCUUCAUCAUGCUGCUGUUUAUGACGUAUAAUGGCUGGAUCAUGCUGGCCGUGGCCGCGGGUGCGUUUAUGGGACAUCUCAUGUUUGGAGAGUCGUUCGCCUCCAAGACGGUUUCGUGUCAUUGA